AUGGCGACCCAAUAAAAGAAAAUAGUAAAAUUGCUCUCGUGGAAAACAUAUCGGCGCUACUGAACUAUACGUGUUGUCGUCCAUUACCACGCACUUGUACAUAACUAUAAAUAUUAAAUUAAAAAAACGUGUUUAUAGUAUUUAAAUUUUGGCAAUAUAAUAAACGAUCUGUAAAAAAAUAUAUUAACAAUUAAUUAUGUUGAGUUUUUGUUUUUUAGCUUUUAAUAAAACCAUUUUUUAAUUUUAAAACAUGUGUUGGAAUAUUACAAUACAAUAGUUAAAAAAUAAAUAAAUAUAAUUUUGGAUUAAACAAUACUUAUAGAAUUUUUAAGAAUAUUUUUCGACCUAUUGAGGAUUUGUCACCGCUUUUGACAGGUCAUGAUACACCGGAGCAAGUAUUUUAAACGUUUAAUGGGAGCUGUGGAAUAAUGCCCGGAGGAUGGGGCCGAAGUCCUGGGAGCAGUGGAUCUGGUCCACAACCAGGACAGCGCACCGGGCAUCGAUUGUUACCUUUACCAUUCAACAGAUCUGCCAGCGGCGGUGGCAGCAACAGCAGCAGUGGAAACGUCGGAAGAGGAGGUGGAUUUGGCGGAGGGGAAAGUUAUAGCGGUGGAGGUUUUUCUAGUGGCGGGGGAUUAAAAAGUGGAGGUAUUAGAGGUGGUGGAAAUACUAGUAAUAAAAGAGGUGGUUUCGGUGGCGGAGGAAAUGGUGCAAGUUAUAGUGGUAGAGCUGCCGAAGCCGAAGAUGUAAUGGGGCACUACAACCGAAAUAAGAACAAUGUUAAUAAAGUUAGAACUGGCUUGUAUUAUUCACCCCCUGGUACUUCUUACACAAUUCUAGAAAAACCACCAGCAGCAGUACCACCCCCACCACCUCCUAGACCAACAUACCUUAGAGAAUCUUCAGCAGGUUCAUCUAGUGCAUCAAGUCAUCCUAGUACAAUAGGUAGUAAUAGCCGUAUUAACAAUGCAAAUUCUCGAGGGAAUUCUAACAAAAAAAGACCAAUAUCUCCAGAACAAGUACUUAAAAUGUUUUCAGCGCCUAAUUACAACGCACAGCAAUCAUCAUCAUACCAUGCAUCUAACAGCAGUAAAACACUAUCUCCACAACGUUCAAACAUUCAUAGCUCAAACACUUCACAAUCGCACAACAAUUUGACAUCUUCUAACCAUAAUGAUAAUCUUACGGUACGCACGAUAUCUAUGUCCAGACCAAAUGCAACUUCAGGCAGUCCAUCCACUCAAGGAUUUGGUAUAUGUGUCAAAGGCGGAGCCGAUGAAUCAAAUGUUGGAGUGUACAUAUCUCGUGUAGAGGAAGGUAGCAUAGCUGAAAGCGUUGGUUUAAAACCGGGAGAUUCUAUUUUAGAAGUUAAUGGCCGUCCUUUUACUAAUAUAUCCCACGAAGAAGCUCUUAAAAUUUUAAAAUCAUACCGUCAAAUUACAAUGACGGUUAAGUGUCCAUCUACACCUCAAGUUAUUCGAAGUAAAAAUAAUGAUGGUGAAAAUGUAAAUUCUGAAGAUUCUUGGAGGUUAGGUCAUGCAUACUCGUGGAUAAAUAGGAAAGGACAUCCAGUGUCUCCACCCCUUGAGUAUUCUAAACUAAAUUCACCAUAUUCUAAGUGGUCAUAUACACGGUCAUCUAAAGAUAAAAUUCGAAAAGUGGAACUAUUGAUAGAGCCUGGUCAGAGUCUCGGUUUAAUGAUUAGAGGAGGUACAGAAUACAACUUGGGCAUUUUUAUCACUGGUAUAGAUAAAGAUUCUGUUGCGGAUCGAUCCGGAUUGAUGGUUGGUGAUCAAAUAUUGGAUGUUAAUGGUCAAUCAUUUUUAAACUUAUCACAUGAUGAAGCAGUUAACCUUUUAAAAUUUCAAAAACAAAUGACCCUAACGGUUAGAGAUGUGGGUAAAGUGCCUCAAUCAUGUGCCACUUAUAACUCCGAGACAUGGAAUCGUUCGUUGGAUAACAUUACGGAUGGUACUUUAAAAUUGGGUACAUCAGCCGCUUCACAGAUGGUCGAAGAAAAAGCUAGGAUAUUACUGACAAAACACGAAUUUAAUACUUUACGUUACUAUCUUGAUGAGUAUUCGUGUUCUCGAAUGUCAAUUGAUGCAUUUAUUACAAUACUUUUCGAAUUGCUCAACACCACCGAUAAGUUCACACUAUUGACGGAACUCCGAGAACUAAUUGGCUCAUCAGAUCGAGAUCGUUUUGAUCAGUUGGUAUAUAGAAGAGGACGAGAAUCUAGGAAUCUUCAUCCCCGAAACGUCGAAGGAGGGUUUAUAACUGGAAGUCAAAGUAAAGUAUUCCAAUAUUCUGGCGAUGGCGAAAGUAUGGACUGUAAUUCACCAACGGAUUACCCAAUUAGUCCGAAUUACAGGAAUAUUUCUAGUGAAAGAAAACUAGAGGAUAAAUGUUCUCCACUGAAAAUCAGUGAUAGAGAAAUGGAGAUCGAAGAAUUCGAGUUUAGUCAUCAAGACUUUGGUGAUUUAGAAACUGAGCUGUUACCAAGAAAAUACCAUAGUGAUUUGGCAGAUCUUAGUUAUUCACAUAGGAAUUCUUCUCUAUAUGAUGAAUCAAAUAUGACCAGGUCAUCGAGUGGAUACUUGGAGGGAAUACGAUCCCACUUAGGGGGAUGGACCCAAAAAUUGAAAUCCUGGUACUAUGGAAAUCCUCUACAAUUGUCUAGUAAACAUGGACGAUCGUAUGAUGGAAAAAAUGAAUUGAUAGACGAAGAUUCCUGCUAUCGAAGAGAAAGUGGUUUUAUUGAAUCUUCGUGUUCGAACUCUCAUCAUGAUUCACAAGUAAUGCUCGACCAACAAGGUAAUCUUCGAAUUAUUGUAAAGAAAGUGAAACCAUUAUUGGGGAUUGCUAUUGAAGGUGGCGUCAAUACUAAACAUUUACUUCCCAGAAUAAUAAAUAUCCAUGAAAAUGGUGCAGCUUUUGAAGCUGGAGGAUUAGAAGUUGGUCAGCUAAUAUUGGAAGUUGACGGGCAAAAAGUUGAAGGUAUGCCUCAUCAAGAAGUAGCGAGACUCAUCGCUGAAUCAUUCGCACAAACUAACAAACCUGAAAUUGAGUUCCUUGUUAUUGAGGCAAAAAAAUCAAACUUGGAACCAAAACCGACUGCACUAAUAUUUUUGGAAAAUUAAUUGACUGUGAGUAGUGAUAAGUUGUUUUGCCGAUUACUUGAUAAAAUUGUUUUAUUAAGUUAAUUGUAAUACAUAAAAUAAUAUAAAUUAACUAUGGUACUUCAAAGAUAUAUAUUUUCAUUAUUUUAAUAUUAAAAUGUAUAAAUAAUUAAAACACUAUAUAAUAAUAAUUAUCAAUACAAUAAUGAUUAUAAUAUGUAAAUGCUUUUCAGUGUUAUUUAUACAUCAAAUAAUAUUUGGCUUUUAUUUCAUAUUUUUUUCGUCCGCAAACUUCAUAAACUUAAUUAUUGUCUCUAUUUUUAAUUUUUUAAACACAUGUAAUUUAUAUACCAUUUAAACAAUUCUAUCGUAAUAAUAUUAUUACAACCAAACCCUGGAAAUGUAAAAAAAAAUAAUUUUAAUUCUAUUUACCUUUAAAAGCUUGUGUAUUAUAAUACAGAAUAUUUAUUUUAUAAAUUUCCUAAUUAAUUUGGUAAAUACCAAUCCACAAAUUAGAGUGCCUACUUUGUAAAAUAAUUAAUAAUAACUUGAAAGAAAUAACUCAAAUCAAUAUCACGUGAUAAGGUUGGGUUUUUAACAUGACAAAAUCUUUCACGGUUAAUUUACUAGUUUUUGAUGGGUCAAAUCAUUAAAUUCAAUAUAAAAGGUUUUUUUUUUUUUAUUUAAAAUAAAGUAUAAAUUUCAACUUUCUACUAUAGAAACUACUUCAAAAAGAUUUAUUUUUAUAAUUUUAUAAUAUUACUAAAAAAACUUAAAUACUACAUAAUUCUAUUAUUGCUAUUCAAGACAUUAACAGUACAAUACCAUCACGCGGGGUAUUUCUUUGGUCAAUUGACAUUGUUCCAACUCUAUUAACUGACAGUCGCAGUAAAAUAUUUAGAUAAAAAUUUACAGAUAUCUAAAUGGAUACAAUAUAUAUUUUUACUUUUUUUUAUAUGAA